AUGGAAAUUAAUGGCGAAAAUGAAUCCGACGGUUUUUACAUGAUUGAGGAAAUUGAUAUACCUUUUGAAGAAGAAAUUCUACGUAAUCCAUAUACUCUAAAAUCCUGGUUUCGAUAUAUUGAUCAUAAAGUAGAGCAACCUAUCCAGCAAAGAAUUUUCGUACAUGAACGUGCCUUAAAAGAGUUACCAGGUUCUUAUAAAUUGUGGAAACAAUAUUUAGAUCUUCGAAGAGAACAAGUCCAAGAUUUAAAUCCGGCUAGAUAUGAAAAAGAAUAUUUGAAGGUUAAUAAUUGUUUUGAGAGAGCAUUGGUAUUACUACAUAAGGUACAGGCUAAUUAUUGUAGUUUUCUAAUGAAGCAAUGUAGAAUUACGAAAACUCGUAGAACUUUUGAUCGAGCAUUAAAGGCUUUACCAAUUACACAACAUCCAAGAAUAUGGGAGAUUUAUUUAAAAUUCGCAAGAGAUAUAGGUGGAGAAACUGCUAUCCGACUGUAUCGCAGAUAUCUCAAGUUGGAACCAGAUCAUGUAGAAGAAUACAUCGAUUUGUUACUCUCAUUAAAUCGGUACGAUGAGGCUGCAAAACGACUCGCUCAAGUUGUCAAUAAUGAUCGUUUCCAAUCAAUGCAUGGCAAAUCCAAUUAUCAGUUGUGGAUGGAACUUUGUGAUUUAAUAUGUGAGCAUCCGCAUGAAAUUAAAAGUCUAAAGGUAGAACCAAUUAUACGAAGUGGAAUUCGAAGAUUUACAGACCAAGUGGGAAAAUUAUGGAAUUCACUUGCAAAUUAUUGGAUAAAGUUGCACCAUUUUGAAAAGGCAAGGGACGUAUUCGAAGAAGGUAUUAGCACUGUGAUGACUGUCAGAGAUUUCACACAAAUAUUUGAUACUUAUGCAAAAGCUGAAGAAGCUGUCAUUGAAAAAAAAAUGGAAGAGGCAGCUGAACGCACAGAGGAGGGUCAAGAAGAUCCGGAACAAGAUUUAGAAUUAGAUUUGAGAUUAAUGCGAUUCGAACAAUUAAUGGAUCGUAGACCAUUUUUGGUAAAUGAUGUCUUAUUAAGACAAAAUCCGAACAAUGUUCAUGAAUGGGAGAAGAGGGUUUCGUUAUGGAAAGAUAACCAUGAAAAGAUUGUUGAAACAUACUCAAAGGCAAUGAGAACUAUAGAUCCUAAGAAGGCAACUGGAAAAUUUCAUGAAUUAUGGGUUAAUUUUGCUAAGUAUUAUGAGAAAGGAGGCGACCUUGAAAAUGCACGUACAAUUUUCGAAAAGGCAACCCAUGUCAAUUUUAAGAAUGUUAACGAUUUGGCUUCCUUGUGGUGUGAAUAUGCAGAGAUGGAAUUGCGGCACGAGGCAAUUGAUGUAAUGGGUCGUGCCACGGUUCCGCCGGCAGGAAAUCCAAAUGUAGAUUUUCGUGAUGAAUCUAUACCAGUUCAAAAACGUGUAUUCAAAUCAAUCAAACUAUGGUCGUUUUACGUUGACUUAGAAGAAAGUAUAGGAACUGUCGAAUCAACAAAAGCUGUCUAUGAUCGAAUACUUGAAUUGAAAAUAGCAAACCCACAAAUAAUCAUUAAUUAUGCAAAUUUUUUGGAAGAAAAUAAAUAUUUCGAAGAAAGCUUUAAAGUUUAUGAGCGUGGUGUUGAACUAUUCAAUUAUCCAAUCGCAUUUGAAAUAUGGAAUUCUGGUUCAAAACUCGAACGUGCGCGAGACCUUUUUGAACAAGCUCUUGAGAAAUGUCCACCAAAAUACGCAAAAUCAUUAUAUCUUAUGUAUGGAAAAUUGGAAGAAGAUUAUGGAUUGGCAAGACAUGCAAUGCGCAUUUAUGAUCGUGCAACUAGAGCGGUAUCUGAUGAAGACCGUUUUGAGAUGUUCAACUUUUAUAUUGCAAAAGCGGGUGCAAACUUUGGUGUCACAUACACUCGUGAUAUUUAUGAACGCGCGAUUGAAGUAUUACCUGAUAAAGAAGCCAAAGAUAUGUGUUUAAAAUACGCUGAAUUAGAGCGCAAGCUAGGUGAAAUUGACCGAGCGAGAGCCUUGUAUGCUCAUGCGUCACAAUUUUGUGAUCCAAGGACAGUGCCAUCAUUCUGGCAGAUAUGGCAUGACUUUGAGGUUAAACAUGGAAAUGAAGAUACGUUCAAAGAAAUGCUUAGAAUCAAGCGUAGUGUUCAAGCUCAAUAUAACACAGAGGUUAAUUUCAUAUCUGCGCAAAUACUCGCAACUCGUCAAGCUCAACAAGCUUCUCAACAAGAAGGCGCACCUUCGAGUACCACAUUAACACCAGCUCCGAAUGCAAUGCAACUUGCAGAACAAGAAGCCCUCCAAAACAAAGGAAGUUCUCAUACUUCUGCUAGAACAAUGACAGUUAUAUUCAAUAUUGUAUCAUCAUAUUUAUGUUUUUACAUAGUUCAUCUACGCAAGUAG